CCUCCAGUCCAUCUUGGAACAACAAACCACCUGGAGGUUCUACUCCUGCUGCUCCGCCAGUGAGGACUACAGAAAAGGAAGAGAAGAAGGCUCCGCCAGUGAGGACUACAGAAAAGGAGGAGAAGAAGACAUCAGAAGACACAUCGAAGGCAAAAUCCGAAGAAGCGCUUACUUCCUUGGAAAAAUCUACGUCGCAAAAUCCUGGCGGAAGGUCUCUCCUGCCUCCCACGGACUACGUAGGACCUGAUGGAGGAAGUGGUUCGGUUCAUGAUAGAAGUAAAGUACAUGCGGUGGUGGAACAAGAUGUAGAAGAACUAGAAGAGGUAGAUGAAGAGAAUCACGGAGACUUUUACGGCGUUUCACGACCAGCUUCUUCAGACAAAGAUGUAGAUGAGGAGGAUGGAGACUUGUUUUACGGGGGACCACGACCAGCUUCUUCAGACAAAAAGAAAAAUCUCAAAGAUGAGGAUGACAACGCGGACGAACUACAAGUAGAAGAUGAUCAUGAUCUUGAUCCUAACGACGAACACGAAUAUGGCAGUUUCUUUGACCCGACUAAAUCAAGUUGUGAGGAGGAUCAUGCUGAUGAUGCUCAAGAAGAUUCGCCUCCUGGUGAGAACAACAACACGAGUAAAAAUGCUAAAAAGAACUACGUCGUCGACACGAAAACAAGUACAACUUCUCGGUUUUUCCAGUCUAAUGCCACAGUUGCACGUGACUUGGUUUUUCUGAUAAACGAAUAUGCAAGCUUACA